CGCAUUCAGACCUUGUUGGAUAAAACGGGCCGUUCUGUUCACUGCGGGAUCUCUUGGCUCGCGUGUCAGCAACCACAGCUGCAGAAAAUGGAAGCGAAUCGCAUCUACUGGGCCGUGCUAUUUGUCCUGUGCAACUGUGCAGUAGUCUUCAGCCACUUGGCUCCUCCCGCGGGACCAAGAAGACUGCACCACGAUGUGGCGGACAGCUUCAAGGUAAUGCAGAGCUUCCCCUAUGCCGUGGCGGUCGUCGACUCUGACAACGACACAUACUUCAACUGCUGGACAGUGGAGCGUAAGGCGAUCGACGAUGUGGCAAGAACGGCCACAUACGAGGGACAUUUUCCGUUGGCUGGACGAGUCGUACCGUUCUAUGUGAAAGCCGAAGAGAACUCCCCGAAGUUCACCUUCACCCUUGACGAUGAUCCGACUCCGAAAGAAGGCAUGUUCUACUACACCGAUUACGAAAACUGUGUCGUCGAGGACCUUGAGUACCACAAGCAUCAGUGCGUCCUUUGGGUCAAGAAAGAGCUGGAGAACUCAGUGCCUCAGAGCUGCAUUAACUACUAUGUCGAUAUAUGUGGCGUUGGUGUUCCCAUACACAGCAGAGACCUUUGCAGAGACCAGUGACGUGACUGCUGAAGUAACGCGCAACGCUUCUCAGUGCUUCAGAGUGAAAAGGUUGUGUUAGUAAAAAUUUACUUGCUGACAACUGUGGUCCCGUGAACAAUAAAUUUCCUUUCAUACUGAUGC